AUGCUUGGCUCUGCCGAGAGCGGACUCUUGCGCCUGGUCGACGAACUUCUCCUCAACAUCAUCGACCAUAUUGACGCCCGGGAUGCGCUAUGCAGUCUUGCUGCUACAUGCUCAAGAUUUCAAGGGCUGGUCGAACCGUACAUUUGGCGGGAUGUUUUAGUCCUCAAGGGUGAGCAUGCGGGUAGAAUUGCCACAGCACUUGACAGCCGAGAGGAGCGCACAGACUAUAUAAAAGAUCUGGCGAUUCGGUAUCAGGAUGGCUUUCGAGAUGGAAUAUCAGAACUGAACCACUUCAUGGGCUUCAUGGGAAAGCUACGACAUUUGCACAUUGAGUCUCCUUGUCCAAAUAACUCGGAAUGGCAGGCUGGGCCGGUCUACUUUGACGGGUAUUCGAGGAUCGAUUUCCAGAAUUUGAUCGCAAGUGCGGUGUAUCCACGGUUGGGCAUGCAGAUGGCGCUCCCGAUGCUCCAGUCGCGGAGAGAUGAAGAGUUUGACAUCUCCGAGGAAGAGGCCAAGUCAACGCCUCUGAGGUCCCUUACGCUCAUCGAAUGCAACGUUGAUGUGCGGUUCCUAGAUGCCGUUAUGAGACUACCAAAAGCACUGAAGGAGUUGUCGAUUGGCGAGCGAUUGCACACUUUCCCGGAAUGCAAACCCUCUAUGGAUCCCGAACAUCGAACCUCUUCCACUCUAUUUCUUACCGCACUUGAGAGGCAAGCCAGCUCUUUACAACGUUUGACCCAUUGCGGAGGGCAAAUCCGGUACCUUACCCCCAGGCGCACCGAUCCCGAAGGCGCCGCAAAGUUGCGCUCGCUCGUGAACCUCGAGUACCUAGAGUUGGGCUUUGAAUCACACCUCUAUUACUACCUUCGCGAAGGAGGCUUCCCACCAGAGCUCAAGACACUGAAGAUGCUGGACUCUGCAAUCUCCAUCAACGCUGGUCCAAACAUAGAUGCUCUAUCCGUCAUCGCCUACCGCUCACUAAGCACUCUCGUAACCGACUGCCUGCCCCGAACCCUAGCGCCUGACUUCAACCUCCAUCUCAAGUUCUCCGACCACGCAUUUUACAGACUUGCCCCGUUAGCAAUGGCACCAAAUCAAGCCCAAUCUCUCAACAAGCUCUUCUUCGACCGCUCCGCAACCUACAAAAUCGCCUCUCUACUCAAAUCCUACAGCCCCAACUCUCACUUUUACGUCUCGCGCGAGACGUUCCCGCUUGGAAACAGCUUCAUCCCACCGUACAUGUAUGGCGAGCAGCUCCCUGUCGAUGAAAUCAUGUACGACAGCGACGACUUUUGGCGAUUCAAUGGCAUCAGCUAUCGCAUCAUGGACGACGAAAACCUCCGAAAGGAGAUGGAGGAGGAGAAGAAGCUACGGCCUUGCAAGACGUGUAAGAGGAGGGGGUUCAGUUUGGAUAGGUGUCGCAGCUUGGGGGAUGGGAGUCCAUGUGAGCCUUGUCGGUAUGGGAGUGUGCUGAGUUGUGAGUGGGAUGAGGUUGAGGAUGUGGUGAGCAUUGCAGACUUGACAGUGCCGGUAGACUAG